CGAAUUUACCAGGGGGUUAAUAGGGCUGCCGGACCUCGGCAUGUGGUAGGUAGCUGACGCCAGUGUGGUGUUCAACGUCCAACUACCUACCUACCUACCUCGUAAAGCAUCAACAAAUAAUUCUUCGCGCUUAGAGUCUCCCAUUAGACCAAGGAUAGCGGUGGUUCGCGCGAGCUCGCCAUGACUCUAGUAAACGGUUUCUAGAGGUCAAUCGCUAUCAUGCCUGCCGACCGAUUGCUCAACACCGUCCUCCGGGCUUAUCAAGAUGCCCCAAACGCCUCUCAAACCGACAAGAUCCUUGGAACGACGAACUCGCUCCUGACUAGCCUCACCAACCCCCUUAACCUUUCUCUUCUCACAUCGCAUUUCUUAGUCGCCCGCUCGAUAUGGCAGCAGCCCGAUGGCUUGCGCACCUGUCUCCGGAUCAUAAGCAUCUUCAACACCGCCGCGAUACACGUGCGCCGAAAUGAGCUCGAUAACGCGAAUCUACCUGCAGGACAGCCACUGGUUGGGAGCGGCGUUAGUGCUCAAGACUGGGCUCGUGCUGUUGCAAAGGGCCUAGAUGACAGAUCCAGCCGGUGGCAGCACACACUGGUCCUCGCAGGCAUCUUGAUGGGCAUGGAGGGUGAGGAGAGGAGGUCUCUAUCAUGGGGUUUACGGUCCACUCUCGAGCAAGCUGUAGCCACAUCAGCCAAUUUGGCCUUGGAGGAUAACUCGCGAACUGGAGCAUUGGGCAGAGGCGCUGUUGCAUUAGCUCUGACAUAUGCAUUUCCUUUGCUCUCGGGCGCCAACAAGGCGCUGCUCAACGGCAAUGCCCUUCUGCCCGCCGUAGUAGAAGCUAUGCUGGGUGAAGAAGGUUUCCAAAAUGGCGAUUUCAUCCUAGCGAUAGAGCAUGAUCUAACACCACCACGCAGCUUCGGGUGGCCUGCCAGCUCUUCCUCGGUCAAUCGCAUACAGCAGCUUGACUCGCGACCUCUGGCGCAAAACAUGGGCCCUCUGUCUCGGCUCGGUGUCUUCGCCGUUGAACACGCAGGAGACUCAAGCAUUGUUCUUCGCGCUCAGGACAGCCUCCUGUCAUUCACAGCUGGCGUGUUAGAGAAGUGGGAACAUUGCGCACUUUCAUUAGUUGAUCAUUCUGUCGAACCAGUCAAGCUAUCACCUGAAUUACUUCAAGGACCCUGGCCGAUGCUCUGGCAGCUGUUUAAAAAGAUUAUGUUUGCGGUUGUAUCAACACUACAACCUAUAGUCGGCCGGUGCCUUCUAGACCCUCGUCUACGCACUGAUAGCACAGCGCCAACGCUUGCAACGAAGACACUCCAUGUAUUGCGAAAUCUAUCUUUUAUCUCGUCGCGACAAGGCGGGAACCCAUUCCAAGUUUACUCAUUCACUUAUCUCACCUCCCUCGACAUUCUAACUCGAUACCCUGACGCCUGCACCCAUUUCCUCCAAGAAACGCUUCCCCAACCAACGAUUAAUGUGCCAUCACCUGUACACCAAGCGCUAGCACUCUUCUACCUCAACACAGCUGAGCAUCUCCCUCUUUCUCUCUCGACGCCCUCAGUCGAGGCGCUCGUGAUCGCGCCAGCAAGUACGAACCUCUCACCUACUUCUUGGCUUAUCUCACCAGCCAACACGCCACCAUCCUCUCUAACUCUCGAGCUCUUCGAAUCCUCGCACGCGGCCCUCCUAAGUGUAUUCUCCUGUCCACAGCAUAGCGCGCUCACCGCACCCUUAAUCCCUUUCUACAUCGACACCUUACUCGCCGCUUUCCCGACGCGCAUUUCCCCGCGGCAAUUUCGCCUUGCGUUCCGCACCGUGAUGCAGGUCACAAGUCCGCCUUAUCCCAUCUCAAUCACUCACCCCGAGCUCUCAGAAACGCUACUCGAAAUGCUGCGAUUCCGCGCCGAGAGCGCCUCUACCACUCCGCUACCCCCAACCCCUGACACACUAUCUUCAGCGAAUCAGCAGGCCGGGGCCGCAACACCUUUGAUCUCGGAGCAGACAACGCUUAUCCUGACCCUUACUGAUGCCCUACCGUAUCUGCCCCUGCACCUCGUCAACGAGUGGCUCUCGCGCGCCGCCGAAGCAAGCAUCGCGAUCGCGGACCCACAGAUGCGCGACUUCGCGCGCCACAGGCUAUGGGAAGUCCUCGCCAACGGCGAACUAGACGUCGACCGUGCCGUCGUCGGCGUCACGUGGUGGGGGACGCAGGGUGGGCGGGAAAUAGUCACUGGGGCUGGAAACGGACAAGGAGAGAUGAUGAUGAGCGGCGCGCUCACGCAGGGCGAGGAGGAAAGCAGCAGACUGUAAAUUACACACCGAUGUCUUUCUUAAAGGCCAACCGCUUUCUUCGGGUUAAAUGAUGAAGCACCUAGAGUAGACAGGGGGCGUCUUUGAACAGGCUGUAGUACAUAUACACUACAAACAAGUCCUAUAAGUUACUACCCCACAAGAGACACGAGGAGACAAGAUGGUGGUACCAAGAAGCCUCCUCUUGAAACUUUCAUGAUAGCGUUCGAUAUCCCUUACAUCAGACAGAAUUAAUACACUUCAGAAAGCACUGGUAGCUCAGUAAGACUGGAUUUUCAAUGUACGAAAUAAUUUGUACACACUGUUGUUUGUU